CCGAGCAGCAGCGCACUGUCAGAGGGGGGAGCUUCAGAAUCACUCGCAGACGACAGAUAUGCACAGCAGAGGAGAUGGAGGAAGAAAUUGAAUGAAGUCAAGUCAAUGCUGUGCGUCUGUGUGUGUCUGUGUGUCUGUCUGUGGCAGGGCAGGGCAGGUCUGGCGCCGCUGACGGGUUGCGCUGAAUGCUGCAGCGGAUCGGUGGCUUGUGGAAGCUCGUGCAAAUCUAAGGCCGAUUCCGUGACGUGGGCAAUGGGAGAGUGAGACAUGGAUAGAGCGAGAGCGGAGUGGUGGUGGGCGACGACGGGGCUGGGUGGGGACGGGCGCAGGGCAGGGGAGCCGAGAACAGAGCACGGCAGCAGCUGUGGAUCUUGAGACCGGAUUGCGCGUUGCCGUCGGUGCGGAUCGCGAGGAGGAAUUGCGUGCAAGCUCGAUUGGGCAUUGCUAUUCCCACAUUGUCGUGUAUUAUAUUGCGAACUUGUGCGAUUUGUUGGUUUUGAUUCGUUGAGUGAAGAAGAUCCUCACUUUAUCAAUUACAGGGAGAGAGACAGAGAUAGAGAGGGUGAGUUGUGGGGUGCGUACCCUAGAGCGAAUUUCAGCUCUUUCAAGAGCGGAAUGGGACAAGCUUGAUUGUGAAGGCAGUGUCCGGGGACGCGAGGGCACAAGCGGAUGCCGCAUUUGCUCUCGGCGCGGAGUUCUUGUCAUCCGAAAAUUCAAACGUGGACCACAGGUGAGAUUGGGCGCGCGUUGGCGAGGGAAAGGUCGGAUCAGGGUCGUUCUUGUGACGUUGUUCUCCGUCGUCGGUUUGACAUUGAGGAGUUUGCCGCGCGCUCCUGUGAAUGGAUCAGUGCCCUACCAUUCCCACUAUUUGGCGACAUCAUAGCAGUGAGAUUUAAAAAAAGUGGUGAAUUGUUCUUUACUGGCUGUAUAGAAAAUUCGGAAACUAUUACGAGGUUGCCGUAGGACUGGUAAAGAAUGGCGGCAGGUGACAAUCACUGAAAGAAAUUCGGAAGAGCCAUCCAUACCAGGCUCAGAGAGAGGGAGAGAGAAAGAGGAAUGUAUGGCAUUAUACAGGCAAGGAUCCGGGCCUUACCAGGUCGGCAUGCCUCCUCCAGGGAAUGGGGAUCACAGGCCAGGUUCUCCUUUCAGAUUACACGAUCAUGUCAAGGCAGAACAAAAAGGUUAUCUGGGUUUGGUCAGAAGUCGGUCGAUGAAAGCGAAGAGGUUGGGGCGCUCAAGUAGGAGUCGAAAAUGCUCAAUUGGAGCAAUUGCAUUGGUUCUGUUGGUGGGCGUUGUAGUUACGAUCUUCGGGACUGACUAUGUCUUCCCAUUAGUGCGAAAUUUUAAAGGUGAAUCAAGCUUCUCCGCUUUGCCCGAUGUAAGUGAUGAGGGAGGAUGGGAAAUUGCCAGCGAAGACAAGACCCCUUUCGCGUCCUCAACGACUGGUGUUAAAGUAGCAGCAAGGGAAUCACAUGAGAUCACGCACAGGGAGAGGGGGAUUUCACGUCAGACAGACACCGGCAGAGAAAGUGCAAGUGAAGCUGAUAGAAGCUCCACUUUUGGCAAAAACAGGGAAAGCUUCCGUCUGGACCAUGAUCUUGAUGCAAGAUUGGACGCAGAUCCAAAAAACUGGGAUAAUAGUGACAGACAAAAAGAGGGGUCCGAUGUCCAUGAUAAGGUCAGGUCGGAAAAGUUGGAGCUUAAAGAGACUGGUGAGAAAAUGGUCGGGCUGUCAGGAGAGACGAAAUCAAGAGAGGACAGGGCCAUCACCUUAGGAUUAGACCAUGAAUACGGUAGGAAGGAACCACGGAAAUAUAGUUCACAGUUUCGCUCAUCCAACCAUGACAACCGACAUGGUAGUUCUUUGUUUGAAGUAUACAGCGAUGCGGAUAUGAGAAAAGAGUCAAGGGAUACUCAUACAGGGCUUGAUAAGGACGGAUUCUUCCAACAAGAGUUGAAGAAUGACAUUGAAGAGAUGUUUGAGGUAGAUCAUGAUGAGAACACAGCAGAAAAUACUGAUACCAACGCGCAGGAAGUUCCAACCUUGUUUUUAGAUAAGUUUGCAGAUGAUAAAAUCGAGCAGAACAUGACAUUUAGAAAGGCGAACGAGGAUGAUGAUCCAGGAGGAUCUAUAUCCAGUCUUACCUCAAAUCUUAAAGCGGAUGAAGAUCCAAGAUUUAUCGAUUUUUUGAGAGAAGCUCAGUUAUAUGCACAUAGAACAGAUCCGUCCGUUAAGAUAGAGUCUCGAGCUGUUUUUAAAGGUAACUCAGGAAAACUUUCUAAGGCUCUGAAAAGGGGUAGACGUAAGAAUGUUUCCAGUGCUGUUGCAGGUCAAGAUACAGAGGUGCUGAAUCAAUACGAUGAUACACCCCAUGACGACGAUAUGUCUCGCUCUGAGGAGGAUGAAGAGGAGCUGGUGCAGCAGGAACAGUUGCCUGGAAAAUCCAAGAAGAAGAAAAAGCGCACAACUCUUCCUUGCGAGAUAUCCUUUCUCAACACUACCAAAGGACUGAGAGAGCCCACAGACAGCUCGAGGUUUGAGAGCUUCUCACUGAAGUACUGGGAAAUGGAGGAGAAACCAGAGGACGAUUCACUGUGGGAGCCACGGUUUGCAGGACAUCAAACUCUCUUAGAGAGAGAAGAUUCCUUUGUGGCCAAGGAUCAAACCUUGCACUGUGGAUUCGUCAAAGCACCUGACGGGUAUCGAGGGACAGGCUUUGAGAUUAGCAAGGACGAUAUGGAUUACCUACAGACGUGCCACAUCGCCGUCUCGUCCUGCAUCUUCGGCAAUUAUGAUCACAUUCGGAAUCCUUCUGGGAAGAAGGUUACUAGUGCUUCGAAGAAGAAAGUAUGCUUUGCAAUGUUUGUGGACCAACCGAGUCUUGAUGGCAUGAUCGAGGAGGGUGAAUCUCCUGACGAGAACAUGAAUCUUGGCUUAUGGAGAAUAGUGCUUAUAAAAAAUGCACCCUACUCCGACAACCGUCGCACGGGAAAAGUGCCAAAGUUCUUGACUCAUCGGUUGUUUCCUAAUGCCAGGUAUUCUGUGUGGCUGGACAGCAAGCUACGCCUGCAAAGUGAUCCUCUCCUGAUUUUGGAGUACUUUUUGUGGCGUGGACAUCAUGAAUACGCUAUUUCAAAUCACUAUGAUCGGCACUGUGUGUGGGAAGAAGUAGAACAAAACAAAAAAUUAAACAAGUUUAAUCACUCUGUCAUCGAUCAGCAAUUUGCGUUCUAUCAGGCUGAUGGACUGAUUCGCUUCAAUGCAUCCGACCCUGAGAAGCUCCUACCAAGCCAUGUGCCGGAAGGAUCCUUCAUUGUUAGGGCACAUACUCCUAUGUCCAAUUUAUUUUCUUGUCUUUGGUUUAACGAAGUUGACCGGUUUACGCCAAGAGAUCAGUUGAGUUUCGCUUACACGUACAUGAAGCUUGUGCGCACGAACCCAAACUCUCAGUUUCGGCUUCACAUGUUUAAGGACUGUGAGCGGAAGGCGAUGGCAAAGUUGUACCGACACAAGACAGAAGAUGCAUUGGUGAAAGGUCGCAGGCACUGAGAGGAAGAAUGUGGUCUCUUCAGAUGAUUUGCCAGCAACAUUCGAACAUGUCUUGCAUGUUCCAGGUUGAGGUUUAUUUUUUUCCAAAUACUGCAGGAGCAGGUUUUGUAAAGUUAGGCUUCUUCCUUUGUAUCUUCCAGUUUUGUAUCUUGACCAUUCUUUUUCCGAGUACAGUAGAGAGGCAAAUACCGGCGGCUUUGAUGUUCAUAAAGCUCAUAGGAGAUUUGAAGAGAAGAUUUGUUCCAUUAGAUUGUACACAACACGUUUCUGAUUUACUUGUAGAAGUAUUACAUUUUAGUCUCCGACUAGCCGUUAUCAGUCUAUUCAUUGGGCUCCAGAGUCCACAACUGAAUCUGCAACAAUUUUAUAUUCAAUUUAGUCCUUCUAAUGGAUGCCACCUGCAAGGCAAAGUCAGUUGGAUCAUUC